AUGUCGGAUAGAAGUUCCGGCUUUUUCUCAUCAGUUGGGCGUUUUUUCACUGGUGGAUCAACAUCAGCCCAAAAGUCACCUACAAAGUCUUCAUCAAAUGAUAUUCCACCAUCCUCUUCGUCAUCGCCUCGUUCAUCAAAUUCGAAUACAUCGUUUCUCAAAGAUGUGAUGACGUUAACAACAGAAGUUUCGCCAAAUAAGCGAAGUGUCAAGUAUUUGAGCCCUUCCGCAUUGGAUUCUUCUUUUCAAAAGAGAAAUCGGACUCUGAAUGGUCUUGAAAUUGAAGUAGAUCCAGUUGCUGAUAUUUUCAGUUCACCGUCGUUGAAUUCAGUAAGUUUAUUGUAUUUAUAUUAAAAACUUGAACAUUGUUUUUGUUUUUCAGCAAAGUCGAAAGCGGCAGUUAACUGAAGUUGAUAGGUCAUUGAUUUCUCCAUCGUUCAGAAGUGAAAGCGCAAAACGAAAACAAGAUUUUGGCAACAGAAGUUUGUUUGAGCCUGCACCCAAGACUGGAGCAUCUAGACUUGAUUCAACUUGGUGUGGUCAAUUCUCAGCGUCUCAUUCGCCAGCCUCCUCUGUCACCAAUUUCUCGCUCAUCAGUCGAAAUACCGCCACCACAAAUGGCUCCUCCACUUUGAGCUCAAGCACAAAACAUUUGCUGCGAAAAUUGGAGAGUGCAAGUACACCAGCGAGAGAUGUUCAAAGAAUGACAAUGAUUCGAGCCGGGUACACGAGACCCGAGAAAUGGGCGACGUCAAGUGUUUCGUCUGGAGGAGGAGUAUCGGAUGGAGCUCCGCCACUCAAAAAGUCUACGGAUAAUUGUCAAUCGCGUAUUCAAUUGCUAUCCAAAACUAUGUCAGCACAUAAACACAACUAUUGGUAUGUUCUUAUAAAAUAAUUAAUUGUCUCAAUAAAAAGCAGUUUUCAAUAGAUCAAAAUCUAAGAUAAACUGACAACGAAGGUCGAUUCAACUUUUUUUGAAUUACGGGGGAAUUACAUGAUAACGGCUUUUGUUAAAUCAAAAAUAGUGGAUUAUAGAACUGGACAUGUCGAUGACGAUGCUACAAAAAUUAGCUGCUGAGCUCCACGCGGAGCUAAGAAAAUGAGCUCUGAAAAUUGACAUGAAACCAGUUCUAUUGAAAAAAGUUCUAACACAAAAAAAAUCGAUCCCGAAACCCAAAAAUUAAAUAUGUAGACGCUACACGCCUACUCGUUUUGGUCACAUUAUACAAAGGCUAAUUUUCAAUAGAACUGGUUUCGUGUCAAUUUUCAGAGCUCAUUUUCUUUGCUCCACGUCGAGUUCAACAGCUAAUUUUCGUAGCAUCCGCAUCGGCGUGUCCAGUUCUAUAAUACACUAUUUUUGACUUUACUAAAGCCGUUAUCACGCUGAUGUAAUUCUCUUGUAAUUCAAAAAAAAAAAGUUGAAUCGACCUGCGUUGUCAAUUUAUCUUAGAUUUUGAUCUAUGAAAAACUGUUAGUUUUAUCGGAGAUAUUUAUAUUUGAAUAUCAAAGUUUUAUUUUCAGGCGUGAUUUGACUCGUCGUCGAAGUGAUCCAAAAAGGAACGAUUCAGAUGUUUCGAUCAUCUCAACAAAGACAAAUGGAAGUGCUAAAUCGAAUGAAUUGAGCUCUCUUUUCGCUGUUGAAAAACCAUCGCAAUACUCCAGAAAUUCCGAAGUUCCUGCCAAAAAACAUCAACCAGUAUUGAAAGGUUCUGAUGGAAAAUCUAUCGGCAAGAAUACUUUCAAAUUCAAUGAGGAGGAUGAUUUGAAUUCCACUGUGACAGAGGUGAUUUUUAAAAGUUUUUUGAAAAAAAUUUAUGAUAAAUUUUUAGACAUGGCUCAAAACCAGCGAACCAUUGAAAUUGGAUGCUGCUCCAGCGAAAGGAUUUUUGGGUAGCUUAACAUUCACCUUCAGCACUCCAGUUGAUGUCAUCAGUUCCGCCGCAAGUACCACCAAAAAAUCAGAAGUUGUCCCAGAAGUUGUUGAAUCCGAAAAAUCCGAUGCUGAUGAGACGGAUAGUGUGAAAUCAGGAGCAAGUGACAAUGAAAGCGAAAGUGAUUCGGAGAAUUCGCAAUCGUCUUCCGCAGAAUCGAGCGAAGAAUCGGAUGCGCAGAUUGAAAAUGAGAAGCCAAAAGAAAAAGAAGAUUCGAGACCACAAACUUCAACUGACACAAUUUCGCCAGCUGUUUCGUUGUUAUCAUCGAAAAAUAGCUCGCCAAAAACCAAUGUUGUUGCACCGCUUCCAACUGCUGCACCGGAAAAGAAAACGACAACUCCGGCUGCUAGUUCGACAUGGAGUUGUGAUGGAUGUUUCACUUCAUGGCCAGAAUCGGUAAGUUCUGAAUCUAAUGAAAUGUAGGUUGUAGUUUUCGACCCGCUUUUCCCCGAUAAAAUUGCAAAGCUCAACUUCUAACAUACGUUAUGACGUGGCGGAGUUCAAAAAUUGCGACUUUGGCAGGUCAGAACUCGCUUUUAAAAUGGUUUCGAUGAAAAUCUGAUAGCAUAGCAUUGUUCAGGAGGCUCGAUUAUAUAAGUAAACUUCAUGUUUUCAUUUUGUGAUCAGUUUUGAAUAAUUAUUUUUGUUCAGUGAAAAAAGUUGAUUUAGGUUUCUGAAUUUUUGUAUGAACUUUCUAAACUUAUCAUAAGAUUAGAAUGUUCAUACAAAAAUUCAGAAACCUAAAUUAACUUUUUUCACUGAACAAAAAUAAUUUUUCAAAAUUGAUCACAAAAUGAAAACAUGAAGUUUACUUAUGUAAUCGAGCCUUCUGAACAACCCUUUGCUAUCAGAUUUUCAUCAAAACCAUUUUAAAAUCGAGUUUUGAUCUGCCAAAGCCGCAAUUUUCCAACUUUGCCACGUCAUAAUUCAUGUUAGAAGUUGAGCUUUACAAUUUUAUCGGGAAAAACGAGUCGAAAACUACCUACAUUUCAUUAAAAAUCUCGAUUGCAAGUUGAAAAAAAAAUAUAUUUAUCUGAAAAUUUCAGACCAAUGAAUGUGGAUGUUGUGGAUCGAAGAAAGGAGGAGCUGCAGCAAAUGAAGCACCGGCGCAGAAAACACUUGUAUCGAACAUUGCAACAUUCGCAACAACUUCAAAACCAUCAGGUGUUAGCUUUGGAUUUGGUGCUGGAUCUUCUUCUACUGCAACUUCGACAGCUCCAGCGGUUUCAUUUGGAACGUCAUCUGGUUCUUUGUUCGGAUCUUCUUCUACUGGAUCUUCAACAGCUCCAGCUGUUUCAUUUGGAACGUCAUCUACAACAGGUUCUUUGUUCGGAACUUCUACUUCAAAACCAGCAGUUCCAAAUGAUCCUCCGGCAGUUGUUCCAACUCUUCCAAUAGCUCCAGCAGUUCCAAAGCCACCUGCAACUUCUUCUUCUGCUUCAUCAGAUCGCGUUGCCUGGGAUUGUCCUGAUUGUAUGGUUAGCAACAAAUCAACCGAUGAUAAAUGUCCCUGCUGUGGUCAUAUCAAAUAUAAAUCAGCUGGCGAUUCGGGAAAUUCGAAUGUUUUUGGAGAUCGCGCAUUCAAACCAUCAGCUCCAGCCAGUGGUGGAUUCUCAUUUGGAAUUGGGUCUUCUACGGGAACUACACCGUCUUUUGGUUUAUCAGCAAAACCAGCGGAACCAGUUGCUGCUGCACCAGCUGCACCUGCUCCAACAGCAGCUCCACGUAAGUUUUUUUCUUAUUUUUAAAAAAAUAUUCAAAAGUUGAUGAAUUGCGCUCAAAAUGCAAUUGAAGUGAAUUUCAGAUAAAUUUUAAAAUUUCAAAAAAAUAGAAAAAUCUCUGGAAUUCGGGCCAAAACAACAAACUGGCUCUAAUUUUGCGAGAAUCCUUAUUGUUGGAGCGAGUUUGUUGUUUUGGUCGAAUUCCAGACAUUUCUCGGCCACCAAAAAAGUUUGGUGACAUAAAUUUUAUUUUAGUCAUUAUUUAAAAUUUAUCUGAAAUUCACUUCUGACUUCAAUUUUUGUGAAGUAAAUGCAUUUUGAGUUUCAUUCAUCAAAAUUUGAAUAUUUUUAGAAAUGCUCAUAAUCUCCGUUGCCGGAUUCAUAUUUUUGAAUAAUUUAAUUUUUCAGUUUUCGGAACAUCAACAAUCGCUCCACCUGCUGCUCCUCUCGCUAAUUUGGCUCCAUCCACUCUCGCUCCAGCACCUAUCGAUCCCCCAAAAACUGAUUCAAUUCCAUCGACAACAACAUCUUCGCAACCAUCAUUGUUCGGAUCGACUUCAGGAUUAUCCAUGUUUGGAACAUCGAAACCGGCAGAUCCAAAACCACUUCCAACAUCAUUCAAUCCGAUUCCGGUUUCACAAACACCAUUGGUUUCAACAACAACUACUGAAGUUCCAAAAACAGUGGGCAACAUUUUUGGAAACUUGUCUGUGCCAACUUCUGAGCCAGCGAAGCCAGGUAUGUUUGGAGCUCCAACUGGAAAUCUUUUUGGCUCAACAAUUGCGACUCCAGCUGUUCCUGAACCACCAAAACCAUCGAUUUUCGGAACUUCAACAACUCCAAGUAUGUUUGGUGCUCCAUCUCUUCCAGAAGCACCGAAAUUGAAUACUUUUGGAAGUUCAUCAGUAGAAGUCCCAAAAUUUGGUGCUCCAUCAGCUGCUGCUCCACCACUAACAUUCGGAAUUCCUGCCGCACCAACACAAAAUGCUCCAGCUCCAGCUCAAAAUCUCUUCGGAAGCGCCACAACUUCAUUAUUCGGUCAACAAACGUCUUCAAAUAUGUUUGGCUCCGGAAAAGUUGGAACUGAUUCAACCGAUGGUGGACCAUCUGCAAAAAGAGGAAAUCUAUUCUCUGCGCCAGCUGAUUCGACAACAAAACCAUUUGGAACUUUUGGAAAUUCUUCAACAACAUCAGCUGCUGCACCAGCACCAUUUGGUGGAGCAUUUGGUGGAAACUCUUUCGGAUCUUUUGGAUCGCAACCAUCUGUUGCACCAACAUUGUCCAAUAGUUCAUCAACAAGUUCGUUAUUCAAUUCAGCUCCUGUGCAAUCGAAUGAAUCCAGGUAAUUUUUUCAAAUUUAAAAACUUAUAAGAAGUUUAAAAAACACACCUCGGCCAAUCCGUGGCUGGCCAGAAUAAAAUUUUUCAAAAAUUCUGAAUUUCAGUUUUUAGAGGUCAAAAACUGAGAAAAUCACAAAUUUUAGAUGACAAAAACUGAAAAAUUCAAAAUUUUCAUAUUGUAAUAAUGGGCCUAUGCAGAAUAAUAUUUUGUAAUAAAAAAACAUUUUUUUCCUAUGCAGAAAAACGUCGAAAAAACAAAAUAUACAGUUUAUUAUUUUGAGUAGAGACAACGUGAAAUUGAGAGAGUGCAGACAAAAAAACCCAUUUUAUGUCUGCGCUCUCUCAAUUUCACGUUGUCUUUAUUUUGUUUUUUCGACGUUUUUCUGCAUAGGAAAAAAUGUUUUUUAAUGUUUUUUUAUUACAAAAUAUUAUUCUGCAUAGGCCCAUAAGUUAUCGUACAAUUUUUUAUUUUGGGAACCAAUAUUUUGGCCGUGCUGUGAACUUAUUGAAAAAAAAACAUGAUUUCCAGCAUGUUCUCCACAACCGCUGUGCCAAAUUCAUUCAACUUUGGAAGUUCAACGAACUCGUCAAACGGUGUGUUUAUGUUUGGAGGAAAUAAUGCAGCUCCGAUUCCGCCACCAGUUCCAAACAGCCAACCACCUGCAUUUGCACCAUUCCAAUCAGCAGCUCCAAUUGGUGGAGAAAAUGCGUUUGCUUAUCAGUGAGUUGUUUGGAAAUUUGGAAAAAAGAGGAAUUUUUCUUUUUUUUUAAUUCAAAAUAGUGAAAAUUCAGAAUCUGAAACUCUUGAAAAAUUUUUCAAAAAAUUUCAGAGUGAAUUUUUCUGUAAAAGAUUGUGAGCGAUAUCUGGAAUUUUCUAAUAAUCAUUUUUUUUCAAAUUUCGCUCUGAAACAGGCCUGUGCCGGAAAAUCAAAACCCGGAAAACGGAAAUUCGGAAAAGUUCCGAAUUUUUUGAACCGGAAAACUCGGAAAAAUUUUCAAGGUCUGAAAUUCGCGAUUUUCCGCCUUAAAGGGUUGGUGCUCCGCCAGGGAAUCUCGCUUGGUUUAGACAGGAAUAAGGUGCUCCUGUAAGGUUCCAGUUUUAGAAAAAAUUCUAGUAGAAAUUCAGCCCAUGUUUUUCCUCAAAAACACAAGCGAGUUAAACCUACGAAAUAAAACAAGUAAAUGCGCUCUAGUGCACAACUUGUUUUUGAAUUUUCGUGCGUGUGUUUGCACACAACUUUGAACACAACACGGUGACGCCUUUUUGCAGACGAUUUUUUCACCAGGAAAACACCAACCCUUUAAGUUCACUAAAACUUAUUUUAUCUACAAUUAAAAAAUUCGGAAAAUUUGAAAAAUUGAAAAAAAAGUUCUAAAAAUGUUAUUUUUUUAAUCAUAAACUGAGAAAAUUUCCCAAAAUUUAGGCAAUAUUGAAAAUAUUACUAUUAAAAAUCAUUUUCCGGAUUUUCCAAGCACAUUUUCCGGAAAAUCGGAAUUGAUUUUUCCUUGAAAAAAUCGGAAAAUUUCCGGCAAACCUGCUCUGAAAAUUGGCUUGCGGAAAAAUUUCGAUCUGAAAUUUCAGAUUUCUGAAUUUUUUAAAAGUUUUGUUCCUCCACACAAAUUUUCAUAUUCAUUUUUUUGCAGAGCUCCAAAUGGCGCAAGAAAAAUGGCAAUGGCUCGACGCCGGAAUCCAAAUAGAAAAUAA